GAUUUCUUGUCUUUUUAUUCCUUAGUAUCUUUUUUAUACAAAUAUCUAAAUAAGCAACCUAAAUAUCUAUCAUCUUCCCUUGCUCUUUUUAACAUAUCUUCUUCUUGAGUACACCUAUAAAUAUACAACACUUGGACUCUCCAACUUCAACUUCAUAUUCAUACAAAUACACACAUAGCUUUAUAAUUUAUAUAGAAUUUAAGGAGAUGGCAAACCAGAUUCAUGAUCAAGUUCCUUGCUUGCAUUGCCAUCCAGAAAGCUUCAUUAGAAUGGUUCAGCAUUUGAUAGAGAGAUGCUUGCUCUUAAACAUGAGCCGGGAAGACUGCAUUGCUGCUCUACAAGAGCAUGCAAACAUAGACCCCAUCAUCACUAUUACAGUUUGGGAAGAACUGAGGAAAGAAAACUCGAGUUUCUUCGAGUCAUACGACGUCCAUGCAGCUUCCUCAGAAAAUCAAUCGAUGAUCAGCAGUAGCAGUGGUGACAGUGGAUCAAAUGAACUUGAAUCCAGUUUAACAAAAGAAGAGAAGACGUGGGGUGAUCAAGAAGAAUUAUCAUGUUGCCAAUACUAACAAGAGACUCCUAGCUUCAGAUAAUACCGCUACUGUAUAUUGUACUUUGGCAACUCUGUUUUGUUAAUUUAAUCUCCUUUAAAAACCUUUGUGUUGCAUACUUCCAUAGAGGUGUGGAUUAGAUGUCCAAGAUAUGUUUUCCAAAACAGACAAGAUAACAGAUAUUUUAUCAAAUUAUUUGGAGUCAUGUGUAAUCCGGCCUCUCGAACUAAAAUUUUUAAUCUUGCAAAUAAACUCAAAAA